GCACAGCUCAUGCGUAUAUACACACACACACACACGCCCUCCCUCCUCCCCCCAUCGCUGCAGUGUCUCUUAACUGCCUCGGAGCUAACAAGAGAGGAAACGGCACACCGACCGUAACAGGAAGGGGGACGCAAAAAGACGGAGAGCGAGAGUGAAUGCUUCAUCAGCGUGUGUGUGAGAGAAGGAGAGAGCGAGGGUGAGAUACAUACAGAUGUGAGGAUGUUGGAGAUACAGAAGAAGGCUUGCACACUCCCUAUCUGUCUCUGAAGGACCAUCUGCAGUGAUAUUGGAUGGACAAAUGGAUUCUGCACAGAAACUCUAUGGAUUCCACCAGAGGGGCAACCAAGCAAUACAUAAAGGAACCCAUGCCUUUGGCUGAGUGAGAAGUGUUGGCUUAUGCAACGAAGAAACAGUGGGACAAUCUGGUGCCCAGAAGUCUGCAAAGUGUGUAUAUGUGUGGACAGAGAAUGAGGUCUGACCAGCUGUAGGAGACAAGAAAUUUACAAAGUAAGAACUGAAGGUGUGUUGAAUAACAUCUGAUGAUCGCACCUGGUUGAACACCGAGGAUCGGUCAAUUUAUAACAUGCGGGUGGACGUAGAGGUGCUUUAGGUUGAUUGAUCUACGCUCUUUCAUUCAUCGCUGACAGGCUCAAAUUAACCAUUGCUUUCUGGGGGCUGUCCCCUGGAAUAAGCCCCUAGUGACUGGGAUAAAAACAGAAAGUCAAGUUGGCGAACCAGGGUUGGAGUCAGUCUUUUUACAGAAUGUUCUGGUAGCGACGUAUGCCAAAUCGUAAAAGUUGAUCAUGAAGAAAACACACUAACUGUUGAACUUGGACCAUGCAAGUAGCUUAAAUCCACUUGGCAAGUGAUUAGGCCUGCGUCUUCUCUUCAGACUGGGGUGGUGCCACCAAAAUUGGCCAUUUUUCCUUGACUUGUGCUUCUUUCCAAACCUCACCUUGGCACUUCGUCCACCUUUUGCUUUGUGGUUGUGGCCUGUACUUUUGAGUGUUGUAGAGUAGGUGUGUGUAUGUGAGUGUGCGUGUGUGUUUAUAACCCAUAAUUGACCAUGGGGUGCCGGCAAAGUUCAGAGGAAAAAGAGGCAGCCAGGCGCUCAAGGCGCAUCGACCGGCACCUUCGCUCAGAGAGUCAGCGACAGAGACGUGAAAUCAAACUGCUGCUUCUCGGUACCAGCAACUCGGGCAAGAGCACCAUCGUUAAGCAAAUGAAGAUCAUCCACAGUGGUGGGUUCAAUCUCGAAGCCUGCAAGGAAUACAAGCCUCUGAUCCUUUACAAUGCCAUCGAUUCGCUCACACGCAUCAUCCGAGCUCUUGCCACGCUCAAGAUCGACUUCCACAACCCUGACCGGGCUUACGAUGCUGUCCAACUCUUCGCACUCACGGGCCCUGCUGAAAGCAAGGGGGAAAUCACACCCGAGCUUCUUGGCGUGAUGAAACGCUUGUGGGGCGAUUCAGGAGUUCAGGAAUGUUUCCAGCGCUCCAACGAGUAUCAUCUUGAGGACAACACUGCCUACUACCUGAACGACCUGGAAAGAAUCUCAGCCCCUGAGUACAUCCCGACUGUGGAGGACAUCCUGCGUUCCCGUGAUAUGACCACCGGCAUCGUGGAGAACAAGUUUACCUUCAAAGAGCUCACCUUUAAGAUGGUUGAUGUGGGUGGGCAGCGCUCAGAGAGAAAGAAGUGGAUCCACUGCUUCGAGGGUGUAACUGCGAUUAUAUUCUGCGUAGAGCUGAGUGGCUACGACCUCAAGCUUUAUGAAGACAACCAGACGAGUCGCAUGGCAGAGAGUUUGCGUCUGUUCGACUCCAUCUGCAAUAACAACUGGUUCACCAACACCUCGCUCAUCCUCUUUCUCAACAAGAAGGACCUGCUGGCUGAGAAGAUCAAGCGCAUUCCCUUGACCGUCUGCUUUGCCGACUACAAGGGCCAGAACACCUAUGAGGAAGCGGCCGUGUACGUACAGCGCCAGUUUGAGGACCUGAAUCGCAACAAAGAGACAAAGGAGAUCUACUCGCACUUCACCUGCGCUACUGACACCAGCAACAUCCAGUUCGUGUUCGAUGCCGUCACGGACGUGAUUAUCCAGAAUAAUCUUAAGUACAUCGGCCUGUGCUAGGACCAGGACCAGGGGGUGGGGUCUAGGGGAGAGAGACAUGUAUCUGGCCUCCCUCACUUGAUUGUUGUAGUGCCAUGGAACCAUGAGGAGAAUGGGGACAGGGUAGGUGCUGCCACCUCGCUCAAGUUAUUAACCGUGAAAAGUUAAUGGUUAAGAAUUUUGCAACCUUGGUAUACAUGUGUUUGCACUGAAUUCACACACACACACACACACACACACACACACACACACACACACACACACACACACACACACACACGCAUUUUUGUUUACUCACAGAAAACUUGGAAUCUAUCAUCAAGUACCUGUUUAACAUGGAAACUCUGGUACCUUUAGAAGACCGUCACUCCAUCAAUUCCUUUACGGCUUACCAAACCUCUAAGAUAGAGCAAGACUUCACUGUUCUCACACUUUGAACUCUUCUCUUCUCUUCUCUUCUCUUCUCUUCUCUUCUCUUCUCUUCUCUUCUCUUCUCUUCUCUUCUCUUCUCUUCUCUUCUCUUCUCUUCUCUUCUCUUCUUUUCUGGCCUUUUAGGCUGUUUGAUUUACAUGACUCGAGUAAUACUACGUACUUUGGAAUAAGGUUUUUAACAAGUCUUUAAAAGAGUUUCAUUUUUUUCAAUAAAAUGACCAUUUUAGAGUAUAUACAGUAUGAUCUACACAAGCGAGAUGACAAAAGUCCUGUGAAAUUAUCAGUUUUAAAAAAAAAUUUUCCUUUUGUUUCCUUCCAAAAGUGAAAACUGCCAGCGAACAGUACUGAAAAAAUAAUGCAGCUUUUUUUUUAAAUUAAAAAAAUAAUAAUAAUUAACAUGUUAACACUCAUAUCACCCACAGAAAAUGCUGUUUUGGUUUUCUUUUUGUAUUUUUUUUCUUUUUUGCCUCAAUUAUUUUGACGUAUUUCGAUUCCAGUUUGAGAGCAAAUUUCCAAUUUUUUCCCCAAGAGUGUUACGUCUGAACAUUGAGUAUUAAGUGUUUCGUUAAGCUCAUUCCUCUUUCCAAAACAGACAUAAAACAAACAGUGCCAAUGUAAAUGGAAGUAAAUAACAGAUCCACCUGAAACCAUUUUGGUUUUACUUUAAAAAUGUCAAAAACAUUCAAAUAUGCAUGAUUUUAUUACUUUGUAAUUUUAAUAAAUUAUAGUUUGAAUUGUUUACUUAUAUUUUUGAUUUUAUAAAUGUACUCCCAAAUAUAAAUAUAAAUAUCUAUAUAUAUAUAUAGAUAUAUAUAGACAUAUAUCAAAAUCAAAAACACUGUGUACACUUGUACAGCCGUUUUUCAGAGGUAUUUAUUGAAAAGAGAACUAUAAGCAGAGACGGUAACUUGUAUCCAGUUCAUACCGGGAUCCAAUAUGUGAAUGAUAUGCUGGUGAUUGCAACAAAAGAAAAAAAAAAUAAAAAUAAAGAACAAA